CUGCGACAUCAGAUCGCCAAGGAUCCUGAUUUUAAUCAAGUUUAUGCCAUCAUCAACCCCGACAAGACUGUAUACCUUACCUUAGGUAACCCGCCAUCAUGGUAUCCAACGCGAGACCUCUAGCCAUCCUGGCCAGCUACAUGGUCACGGCGGUGGCUCUCGCCGUCCGCUGUAUUGGCAUCGUCCGUCGUCACCCAGUCCAGAAGGCCAAAAGGAGCGCCGGAUCAUUAGUGCUUUUCGGCGCGCUGGCCGCGGUCAGCCUCGCAACAACAUGGUCGUAUAUGUUUGGCUAUUUCAAGUGGUCCUACUUUGACUGGGCUGCCAAUGCCCCAAGCGCGACUGCUGAUGACCAGUUACACUUGGGAGAGUGGCUGCGGGACACAUCACUGUUCAAGCAAGCCUGGUUCUCCGCUCUAGAAACGCCAGCCAGAGCAUGGUGGACGCUUCAGAUUUUUGGUUUCUGUGCUAUCUGGAGCGUGAUGCUCUCUGUCCAAGCCAAGAAGAGAAACAUCCCCCAGAUCUGGGCUUUUAUGCUUCUGGGGCAGGUUGUUGCCAUAUCCUUUGCCAGCAAUCUUUUCUUCCUUGCUGUGCUUGCACACGAUGUCAAGGAUGAGAAGAAACCAGCUCAAAGUAAACAAAAGCCAUCAUCGCGGACUUCAGAUAUCCUGAUCCUCGUCGUCAACCUGGCUGUGACCCUCUUUCUGUUCGGAAAUCUGGACAGCCCUUACUUUCUCUCUCUGCUCCUUGCGCCACACGUUUUGGCCUUUGUGCCACUUUUGAGGGACGGUAUAUCAUCCGGGAGCACAGAAUCCAGCCAACUUCGCGAGCCAUCCAAGGUAUUGCAGUUCGGCAUUCUUGCGGCAGUCCUGGCUGCCGGGACAUCGCAACCCAUUGCCAGUGGGGAGACUUGGAAGAGCAUCCUGGACACACUGUAUGAGCACCCAGCUGUGAGCAGCGUAGGAUGGGACGUGAUCUGCUGCUGGGUGAGCUAUACCGCGUGGUUCCUCGUGCGGGAUUCGGAGUGAGCAAGUCACAAGACAGGACAAAUUUGUUGAAUUCAUUGGGCAUAUCGCUUCAGUCCUGCGUUAGAACUGUUGAAGAUAUGUUGGGACAGUACAUCAUUGGCCGGAUAGAACGGCUCAAGUAGUCCUGACGCCAAGUCUCUGCCACCGAAAUUUCGAACUGUCAUGAGCGGCCCGGCCCCCGGGAUCAACCCGAAAUGCUACCCUACCACCAGGACUUGAGCUGACCUGCCGUUUGUGGUUGAACUCGCCUUGCAGUGCGCAUGUAUUUGAGCGAUAGAAUAGCGAUCCAGUCAACUACCAAUCGACUAAAGUCUUGUUCGAGUAGCCAACUGUUACUUCUCAUCAUGAUUGGUCACAAAUAUUAAAGCUUUAGUUCAACCUCCUGGACAGGGCGAAAGGCAGGGGACAAGCGAAGCAGAGAAUCUUAUAUCACAUAUCUAACUCAUAGCACUGCAUAAAAAGUCCUUU